AUGACCGACUUUGUCGUCGCCUUUGGUCCUUCGGACGAGUCCUUCUUCAUAGCUGCUGGGUCGUCCACCCGCAAAGGUGCCCAGAUCCCUGCCGGAAUGCAUGGCAAGCUCGAUGCAGAGCUCAACACCCCCAUCACGUUUGCCGCCAUUGGCCCAUCCGGGCAGUGGUUUGUCCGGGGCAAGAACAAGGACAACACCGGCUGGCACGUCUACUGGAAUACCGCGGACCUUGCCGGGCCCGCCGAACACCUAAAGGCCCGUGUCACCCAGACGUACGGCGUGACAUUCGGUCCUGGGGGGCCUCGCGGCGGAUCAAAUUGCGUGGAUCAACAAGAUGAAGGCGGCGCAGACUUCAGGCUCUUUAUCGGCGCGGGCCACGCCACAGUCAUGCUAUACAAGGACAACGCAAUCCGUUAUCAUGCAUGUGGCGAUAAGUUGGCCAAUACCUUGACCGCUGCCAUCAACAAGCAUCUCCACGUCCGAUAUAUCUCGCUUAGCACGACCCAUGGCGAUCGCUUCUUCGUACAAUUCGCAGACCACAGCAUUACGUGGGGCAAUGCCGGGCAGCACGUCAGCAAGGAUUUGAAUGAUAUAGCUAAGAAUUACGGCGCCAGGGUAAAGGAGUCUACGUGGUAUCAGCCCACAAUGCCGCCAAUCACUUCCGGUCCGUCAUCGUGGACGCAUGCACAUCUCCUCAAGUGGCCCGUCGAGCGCCCGCGACCAGGCGGACGCGUUGAGGGCGGAGGGGUUGCAGUCUGCUCUCGGGUAGGCGAACGACACCAGGCGCUCGAGGUCGGAAUAGUGCAGGAACGCUCUCUUGCGCGGGUUGUCUGCAUAGUGCGCGAAGGUCUCGACCCAGGCAGAUGA